AUGGCGCGCAAGAACUCAGAGCAGCCACGCCUACCGAGCGUUUCGCCUCAGGUAUCCGCACAACCACCUAACAACAACCCUAUGGAUUACGGAGCCGUGUCACGACGUCCGAACCAUGUGACCAAGAAGUUUGUCCUGUGCUUCGAUGGUACAGGCAACAAAUUCUCAGGCACAGACUCCGACAGCAACAUCCUCAAGAUCUAUCGCAUGCUCGAUCGCAAUGGGGAUGAUCAGUUCCAUUACUACCAGCCCGGAAUCGGUACAUAUGUUACGAAAGCCAAUGGAUCCAUGACCCGAACAGGUCGAUGGGAAAAGUUCCAGUCAUGGUACGCGAAGGCAAAAGAUAGCGCAAUAGGAACUUCAUUCGAUCAGCAUGUCAUGGCGGGAUACAAGUUCCUAAUGCGAUACUAUACACCUGGCGAUGAUAUCUUCUUCUUCGGCUUCUCGCGUGGUGCAUAUACCGCUCGCUUCCUCGCAGAGAUGCUUGAUCAUGUUGGUCUCCUCUCUGCUGGAAACGAAGAGAUGUGUCAAUUCGCAUGGAAAACAUUCCAGAAAUGGCAAUGUAGAUUACCGGACGAAAAAGGCGGCAAAGAUCGCAAGCCAGGCGAGAAAUCUGAGAAGCUAAAGCUUCUGGAAUUCAUGUGCGCGUUUCGCGAGACGUUCAGCCGUCCCGUCAAACCCAUUCGGUUUCUGGGCCUCUUCGAUACAGUCAAUUCCGUGCCUGCUUUCGAGAACGCCUGGAUGCAACGUAGCAGAUUCCCCUACACCGCAAGAAGCAGCGCCCACGUAAUACGACAUGCAGUAUCCAUCGAUGAACGACGCGCAAAGUUCAGACAAGAUCUCAUCUCUCAAGAGAAGCCCGACCGGUCAAUGUUGUACAAGCAUCGCCACAGACACCAGCAGCACAUGAAGGAUCUGAUCCAUGGUGAUCAUGAAGACCAUGACCUAGACGAGAAAGACCACGACGAACAGCAGAGUAGAGGUCGGCGAGAUACAUUGGCACCACCACCUGAGCGUUACAGAGAUCCACAUGAGACUUCAGGCGUACGCAGCCGGAGCGCGGACUGCUCCCAGCUUGAUGGCGUUCACGGCUCUGCUACUCCUUCGAUGCGAUCCUAUGACGCUGCGGGAACUUUCAACUCUCAAGACGAAGAUGGCGAGCAGGAUAUUCAGGAAGUCUGGUUUCCUGGAUGCCAUGCAGACAUCGGAGGAGGCUGGCCUCUUGGUGAUGACGACGCAGCACUGAGCCACGUAGCCCUGGUGUGGAUGGUGCGCGAAGCUCAAAAAGCUGGGCUCGACUUUGACGAAGACAAGCUCGCAGCUCUGAGUUGCUGCCACGAGGAGCCCACAACCAACGUGUCGCGAGCGCAGAACAACAUCCCGAUGAUUGCAAUCGAUCCUGCGUCGCCCUCACCCGUCAUCGCCAAUUCGGGCGCGCAAUCCGUCGACACAGCUGGCUACACUGACGACGACAACAUCCUUUCGCACCAUCGCGAACACCCUAACACGCAUUUCCACAAACAUUUCCACAGCGCUGCGACCAAAGGCCGUAUCCACGACGUCCUGCAAUUCAACAAUGGUGCCAAUCGCAUGGGCGUCGUUUCGUGGAACAUAAUGGAGUACCUGCCUUUCCGACGCAUGGACUUACAGGAGGAUGGGACAUGGAAAGCGAUCCGAUGGCCUUUGCCCAAGGGUGAGACGCGCGACAUACCCGCGAAUGCCGUCAUCCACAGCAGCGUGAUUAAGCGUAUGCGCGCGGAUCCAACCUACCGACCAGGCAAUCUGAUUGUAGGUGGCGGUGGAAGAGGUGUCAGGCACGCUCCCAAGGACAUGGGUAUGGGCCAAUGGGUCGUUGCGUGCGAUGAGGGCCAUCAUGUAGGCGAGUGCUUCAUGCGCAGAAGCCCACCUGAGAGAACAAAGACGGAGGAAAUGGAGCAGCCAGCGUGCGUGGGUGGCAUGCAAGGAAACUACUUCGCUGGCCGCAAGAGGUCGACUGCUCUGUAG